UACGACUAUCGCGACACAUAUUUCACUUUACGACAGUCGCAAAGCAAAACGGUACAUCCGGGGGAAGGUUAAAUUGACGCCUAUCAUACACGCACGAUGCCGUUUGUGGACCUGCAGUCGCGUCUGGGCGUGGACGUGGACCGCUGGCUGCUGCUGCAGAGCGGGUCGCAGCCUAACCAGCGGGCUGCGCGCUGCCACGCCUUUGAGAAGGAGUUGGUCGAGUGUUCCCACGGCAUCGGGCUCACCCGCGCCAAGCAAGAGUGCCGGCUGGAGUUUGAGGACUUCUAUGAGUGCAUGCACAGGCAGAAGAUGCACAAGCGUUUGUACACCAUCCGCCAGCAACGUGACAAGAUGAUUAAGGAGGGCACCUACACACCGCCUGCUCACCACACAGGCCAGAGUGGCCAGUCCGACCCGUGAACUUCGGGUCACCACUCACCUACCUGCCCCUCAAUUGUCAUCGUGUACAGUAAAAAUCUUCCUCUCUCAGUAAAUAAAAAUAAGUCUUUCCUUCUA